AUGUCAACUUAUAAUAAUGUAUUGGGCAAUUAUAUCUCGCGUUCGGCAGAUGAUCUCAGCGAUUUGGAUGAUGCAAAUCUAGAUGAUGAUGAGGGAUCAGAGCCCGAACCUGAAAAUGGUAGCGGUGCUGGUGAUCGACGAAAUAAUGUUAUACGUGAUUUUCGGACACAAUUAGUCGAAACAAUAAAAAACGAAACAGAUGAGCAUCAAGAACGUGUGAGUGGCUCUGAUAGUUAUCGUUCAACAUCUCAAACCAGUACUGAUAAGUCAGUGAAUCGCCUACAGCCUCACUCAAAAGUGGUUGAUGUUCGUCCAAAACAUCAAACACUUGGUGACUUUGAACUGGCCACUGUUAUUAAUUGUGAAGACCAUGUUUUAUGUUGUAAAUAUAGCCCAAAUGGGGACAUGUUUGCAGUUGGACUAGGCAACGGAAUGAUUAAACUUUACUCGAAAAAGGGCGAAUUUCAGUAUGUUUUAAUGGAUGCUGAUACAAAAAAAAAACGUUAUCCUGUGACUUGGAUACGUUUUUAUGCGAAUAAAGAUGAUACCAGAGCUGAUCAUCGUAAAAUGUUGGCUGCUACAUACACAGCUGGAUAUGUUAAAAUUUGGCACUGGCCAAGCCAACAAUGUGUUUAUACAUUUUACGAACAAGAACGGCAACCAUUAGCAUUAGAUUUUAAUUGCAAUUUUCAACGUAUAUAUGUAGCAGGAAGUGAUUGUGCUAUCAAUUGUUAUGAUUUUCAAACAAAAAAAUUGAUCAGAACAUUAUCAGCAUCGUAAGUAACAAAAAAAUUUGUAUCGCGUAGUAAGCUACAACAGAAAGUACUAUAUAAAUGCACAAUGUAAAAUUAAAUCAAAAUGUUUUUCUUAAUGUAUUAUACAUCGUUGGAUAGAGCUCAUUGAGCUGAUUAAGAAAAUGUAUUUUUUAACUUAAAGCGUUAAAAACUGAUUAGAAAAAUAGUAUUUGAUCAAUUUCGAAGUUAAAAGCCUGUCUAGGCAUGGACGUCCCAAACCAGCCGUCUAAAGUGUAGACAUGCAAUUUUGUAAACCUACCUAAUUUUUUGUGUUAAUGGUUGAGGCCGUCAUUUGCACGUCAUUAGCUUUACUGGAAGCUCAGCUUAAAAG